AUGUAUAUGAAAAAGAAAAAGUUAGAAAAAGAGAGAAUGAAUUACAAAACUCUUUAUGCUUCUUUUGUUAUUUAAGUUAAGAUAUUUAUGGAUGAUGAGAUGGUUCAAAUCAAUUAAUCAUUUUAAUAUAUUGUCAUUAUACUUUCCUCAUUUUAGUAAUUGAGCUUUGCUUUUUAAAAUUACUUUUUCUAAAAUACAGAGCAUAUUGGAUUCAAAUAAUUUUUUUUAGAUGUUUCUACAUUUACUAGACCUUAUAUAAAGAUGCCUAAAAAUUUUGGUUAAAUUUCAUUUAUCAUCCCUUUGAUGCUUUUAUUUUUAUAUGAGGCUAUAAUUUUCUAUAUUUUCAUCUAAUUCGCUAGAUUCAAAAAACAAAAGAGAAUGUCAGAGCUACUUUAAGAAUAAAAUAGAUUUUUUCUAAUUAUUUUGAGAAUCUACUCUUAUAAGUAAGCAUUACUUUAUUAUUUAAUUUUUAUCCCUCAAUUAGAAUUAAUAAGCUCAUCAAUUUUAUAUUAUUCACAAGAAGAAAAUUUAAAUUUAGUUCUUUUACCAAUAUCAUUCAUUUCUUUUAUUUUGAUCAUUUUGAAUUUAAUUUUUUAUUUAGCUUGUAUCUAAUAAUCUAAUCACAUAAAAGUAAGAAAUCUAAACAUGUUAUCUUAAUCCUUUAAUCAUUAUUUAAAUCCAAUCUUUACAAUUUUAAUCGUAUGUUUAAAUCAAUUUGAAAGAAAUGAUUAACAAUUGCGGUUUUACUUAAUUGUUACUAUCUUAUUAAUAAAAUCAACAUUCAAUAUUUACAGCAUUUUUGUAACAUUUUAAAACAUUUAUAAACGGUGUUUGAUUGAUUUAUUCUCAGAAUGCUUUUAAUUCUCCAUGUCCUUAAUAUUAGUUUUUAUUCAAUUAUCAUAAUUUAAAUCUUAAUACAAAGAUUAUGAAACUGCCUUAAUACUUAUAAUUGUACCUAUAGCAACGUUAGUUCCGAUUAUUCUUUAUAAUAAUGUGCAUUAUAGCAUAAUAUUAAAUAAUAAUUAAACAAUGGUUAGUUAUUUAAUGUUAUAUAAAAUUGCUUCAAUAAUUGAUGAAUUUGGAGAUAUUAAAAAUUCUUAUUUACAUGAUAAUUGCAAAAUAAUACAAAUAAUUUAUUUUAAAUCAAUACAUUUAUAGCAUUGCUCAACACCAAAAUGCUAAUGUACUCAACAAUAAUUAACAUUUGAGUAAAUUAUAAUUCUAUAUUUAAAAGAUUAAGUGGAUUAUUUUAACUUAACAAUUAAUAAGCUUAAAUAAUAAUCAAAUAAAUAAUUAUAUUUUUUGCACUAUUUAUCUUUGAUCCAUUAUUUAGGAUUAAGCACAAGAGCAUUUUAAUAAUCAAAUAUUAUUGUGUAUCAAGAGAGUGAAAAUCUGUAAAUAUAAAGUAAUAUUUAGCAGUUCAUCAUAAUUUAGUAAAAUACUAAUUGGAAAGUCUGGAAGUUAAAAGGCUGGGUCUAGUAAUAGUUUAGAUUAAUAAAACAGUUCUGUUUAAAAAUCUAAAGUUGAUAGUAAACCAGAAGAAGUGAUUCACAUAAAGAUUCAUAAUAUGGGAUUUAUAUAUAAAUAGAGAUUAAUAUUAAUGUAAGAAUUAAUUAAGAAGACAAUGAGCACAGGUUUAGGUAAAUAAAGUAAUUAAAUAAUGUCUGAUAAUCUGGAACAUGCCGUAAAAUUAUUUUUAAAAUCAGAGGAGAGUAAUAAAAAAUUGAAAAAUAAGAUCUUAAAAAUGAUUAAUAAAAAAAAAGAUUUUUUUGUUAAUUUAACUUUACUAAAUUCAAAUUUUAAUUUAUUUAAUUCAGCUAAAUAAAUGCUUAUAAAAUUAACUGAACUUGAAGAUGAAUUAUUUAAGCUAUAUUUCUAAUUCCCAAGUAUGUAUUAAUUUAUAUUAAUUUAAAGGUCGUAAAAUGUAAGCACUUAAUACUUUUUAUUAGUCAGAAGUAUUGAAUAAUUAUUUUUAAGCAUAUAAAUUAGCUACAGUAACUUCAAUAUCUGAUGAAAAACUCUUUAAAAUGCAAUCUUAAAUUAGUUUUGAUAUGUUUUCAAGCAAAUUAGAUUACUUAAUAGUAGGAUUUGAUGAAAAAUCUCAUAAAUUAUAAAUAAGAUCAUGUUCUAAUUAAAUUCAUGAUUUUUUCGGAUAUAAUUAAGAAAAAUUUAAGUUAAUUAAAACUAUUGAUCAUCUUCUUCCUAAUAAUUUUGAAUCAAUCCAUUCUAAAUUUGUAUAACAUUUUUUAUAAUCUGGUUAUUCAAAAUUCUUUCGUUUGAUAAACCAAAAUUAUUGCAGAUUCCAACAGAAAUUUAUAAAAUCGAUAGAAUUUUUCUUUGAUAUUAAUGUAAGUAAUUUAGAUGAUUUAACAUUUGCUUGUUUUUUUUAGAAUAAAGAUAACUAAAAUGCUUUUAUGUUUUGUUGUAACAACAACAAAAUUUAAAGUAUUAGCAAAAAUUUUGUUAGUAAAAUUGGAUAUCCAGUUAAAUUAAUUUCAACAUUAAUGGAAGCAUUAAAUAAAUAACCAUUAUCAAAAAUUUUUCCAAAAUUAUAAAAUGUUAUGGAAAUGAAUGCAACUAAAUUUUCAUACGAUAAUGAUGAUUUAGAAUAAGAUGUAAUGGAUUAGAGUGAGUAUUAGAUUCAUAUGAUUCUACCAGAAGUUGAUUGUUUAAUUUAGAAUUAAAAAUAUAAUUGGGAUAUUGAAAUUAAUAGUUAAUAAUUUGUUGUAGAUGCAGUAUUUCAUUUUAGAAAAUUGAAAUAAGAUACAUCUAGUAGUUAUGUAAUUGUAGAGAUUAGAGAAGCUAAAAGAUAUUUAAAAAGUUUUAGUACACCUUAACAAACAGAAAAUGUAACUCCAAUACCUGGAGCAUCCUAAACUUAAUUUUAAGAUAAUCUAGAUGAUUUUGAAGAUUUGGAAUUUUUUGAAUAAGAUGAAUUUUAUGCUAACAUACCAAGAGCUUUAGAAUUUGAUUAAUAAGAAAAUUAAAAUCAAUAGAUGAAUUUAGAAAAAGAUUAAUCUGAAAGUGAUGCUUAAUUUGGUAGGAGACCCUUUUAAAAUUUAAAGAAUUAAAGUUAAUCAUUUUAUCCAAAUGUAUCUUUGGUAAGUCCAAAAGAUGUAGGAUAAAAAUUGAUAGAUGCUAGAUCGAUUGAAGGAGGAUUAUAUGAGAAUAAUAGUAGAAGAAAUAAUGAUGUUAGACAAUAAUUUUUUUCAGCUAUUGAUUAAAAGAAUAUUUCAUCAAAUGCAGAAGAAGAAAGUUAAAAUGAAAGUGAUAAUGAAAUUAGAAAAGAGAAUUAGAUAGAUAAGUUAUAAUUAGAAGAUAUAGAUUAAGAAUUACAAGAAAAUAUUAAAAUGUAAAUGUAAUUAGAAUAAUAAGAUUAGAAUGUUAUUUAAAUUGAUGAUGUAGGAUCAUAAGUAAGUUCAGUUGCAGCAUUUAAAAAGUCUAAAUAUUCUAAAAAAUAUGAUUUGAUUUAAAAAUUGAUAACAUCUGAGAAAUUCUCAAAACAUUAUUAUUUAGCUAGAACUUUUUUGACAGUAAUGUUUUUGUUGUUUGUUGUUUUUUCAAUAGUGUAAAUAAUAUUUUCAUCUGAAGAUUUAAAUAGAUUUUUAUAAGAACUUGAUAUGGUUCAGAUAAAAUCAAACAUAGUAGCACCAAUAGACAAUUAUAUUGUUGCUUAAAAUGCUGUGAUGAAUUAUGCUAUUUUGAAUAUGAUUGGAAUGAUGAAUAAAUCAACUGCAGAUUUAAAAUUAGAAUAUGCGAAAAAUGAUGUAGCUUAUAAUUAUGAAGAAUUAAAGUCGAGCUAUAUAAAACAAUUAUCAAAUUAAUAUUUGAAUCCAUUUUUUUAGGAUAAAAAUUUUACUAUUAUGUAAUCUGAAUAAACAACUACAUCUAAUAGAAAUGUAUCUGCAAGAGAAGCAAUUUAUUUAUCUUUAGAGGCAGCUUAUUAAUUCGUAUUAUUAGAUUAUUUAAAUAUAUUUACUUCCUUGGAUCCUACAUCUGGAUUUUUUGUGUAUUUAUUUGGUAACUAUCAAACAUUCUAUGAGUAAUUAACAAUUGUGAAUUAAGAUAUGUUAUCAUAUUCUGUAUAAAGAUCUGUGACUGUUAAAGAGAAGUGGCUAUCUUUAAUGAUACCUACAUUAAUUUUAGGUUUUCUACUUUUAUUGAUAGUUGUUAAGUUUCACAAUUUAUACUUAUAAUAGUAUGAUUAAUUUAUACAACUAUUUUCUUAAUUAGAAAUAGUAUGGGUAUAAAGAGAUAUAGAUAGAUACAAAGGGAUAUCAUCAUUAGUAAUUAAAGAUUCUGAUGUGUUAUUUAAAUAUUAGUUUGAUAUUGAUUUAAAAGAAAAAUUCUUAGCUGCUGAAGAUAUUAGAAAGGAAAAAAUAGCUUAGAAUUAAAAAGUACAUAAAUAGAAAUAAAAAGCUACAAAUCUAAACUUUGAUUAAAAAACAACUAAAAUACCAUCUUUAGUAAUCUAUUCAACGAUAUAUGCUUUAUGUUUUGGAUUAUGUUUUAUAUCAACAUCUUUAGGAGAAUCAUAUUUUACUAAGUAUCCUGAUACUACUUACUUCUUUAACACCUUAUGUGAUGUAAGUAUUGCAUCUACUGGUGUUUUUAGUUUAAGAUAAAUCAUAUAUGUAGUAUCUAAUAAAGAUUAACAAGCUUUUUUCUUUAUCAAAAAUACUACUUAUUUUAUUUAAGUGUUUUUUGAACAUAUAGAUACUAUUAAUCAAUUUCUAGCAGAAAUGUCAGAAUUUGAUCCAUAAUCUUUGAUAACAUCUGAAGCAUUCAUAAAUAAAAUAGAAUAAUUGAUGUAAAGUGAUGUCUGUGAAUUUCUACCUGAAGUAAUUAUUUCUGUAAAUUUAAAAAUUAGUUUAAAAUAGAAAGUGCAUAGAUUCAUUGCGAUGCUGUUUAUGAUGGUGUUGUUAGAAGAGGAUUUCAAUUAGCAUUAAAUACUGUUAGGAAUGAAUUACUAAAUGAAUAUAAAAAUUCUUAAAAUUUUAGUGUUUAGUAGUAUUCACUUAAUGAAUAACUUGAAAUUGGAUUGAUAAGUUAUGAUGCAGUUUCGAACAUUAAAUUAUAAUUUUAAGAUGAACUUGUUCAUUUUACAUAGAAUCUGAUUGAUUAAAUUUUGGUACAUAUUAUGCUAAUCUUUAGAUCAUUAAUAGUUGUGCAAUAGUAUUUUAUAUCAUAAUUAUUGGACUGAUGUAUAAAGUAAUUACUUUAAUUUACUACCAAGAAUUCAAAUUGGUACUUAAAUUCAUUUUGUUAAUGCCUUAGACUUCUCUAUUUUUAGACAGUCAAUUAGACAGAACAUUAAAAUAAAUCAUAAUUAAACACAAUUUAACUUGA